AUGGACGGCGAAGGCCCACCGCAGCCGUCCAUCGAGGGUGUGCAAGGCGAGCACGAUAUCGUCACAGGCCAGGCUGACGCGCCGCACGCCUCAGAGCAAGCGCCAGAGAUUACUAGCCUCGAAGACUCUGCAGCACCGCGGACGCAGCCGCCAGUUGACGAGACCGCAAUUGACAGCACGUUCCAGCCCGAUGAGGAGAUGAAUUAUGCGCUUCACAGCAGCAUAGGUUUCGAUGAACCCUCCAACGCACCGAUCAGCAGCCCAGAACCCACUCCACUGGUGAAGAGCGCUUCAGAUGGCGCGCCGCGUGCCCUUGAUUUUGGCAAUUCGGUGCUAAGGAAGCCGCCAUCAAAGGACCAAGCGGCCGCCAGGCAGCGUGAGAUGCUUGAGAAGUUCAAGGAGAAGAAGGCACGUGAUUCUUCAGAUGAGCUCAUGGACGCCUUCGACCGUCUUGAUGACUUCGAGAGCCUGCGUGAUGCGCCACCUGCGGACCGCCGCAAGCGCGAUCGCGAAGAGGACGCCUUCAAGAAGCUACGGCAGACUUUUGAGCGCAAGAAGCGAGCAGGCACCCUCUCCAUUGAAGAAGAAAUCGAGUACAUGAAGAUCGAAUCACGUGAAAGAGCCCGUCAACUCAAAGCCAAGGCUGAUGAAGAGUAUGAGCGCGACCCAACUCCAGCAUUGGACGACCAGUCUGAGGCACUGUUCGUGAACUCCGACGAACGUGAGGACGAUGCACGCGCAAUCUUCAGCGAUAAUGAGGGUGAAGAGGAGCCAGCUGCCAAACGCACUCGCAAGAAGGGCAAGCGCGUGGCUGAAUCCGACCUCGAGAGCGAAGUCUCGCGCCAGCCAGAGACCCGUCCGCGCAAGAAGGCCAAGACCACAGGCGGAGCCAAGAAACCUCGCAAAACUGCUGGUCACGAAUACACCGAGGACGAUCUCGACCGCAUCAUGACAGAAAGCCAGCUUAGCCAGCGACCAAGCUCUUCAAAGAAGGGCGCCGGUGCUCGAAAUGGUGCCGGUGCUCGGGGUGGUGCCAGUGCUCAAGGCGGCAAGGGCAAGGCGCCCGCAAAGAGAAAGGGUGGCCCACAGAUGACCAACAUCGGCAGUAUCUUGGGCACAGAUGUCUUCGAAGAUGUCGCGCAGACUGCUGACCUCAGGAACCAACCCACCUUUGGUGGCACUACGAGACGAGGUGAUGCCUUGAAACAAAUGCUUGCAAGCCUGCCGGAGGAAGACCUGCAAGAGAGCCGUAGCGACAAGAAAGCUCUCGAUCAAGCCAUCAAGGAGUUCACCGGGCGCCCCGUUACACCCGCUCCGGAUGGCAACUGGAAUGUCAAGGGCAUGAAGACAUCUCUGAAGCAUUAUCAGGUGCUUGGUGUUGGUUUUAUGCGCAAGCGCGAGAACGACCCACUCGAGCCGCGUGGAGGCAUCCUGGCAGACCAGAUGGGCUUGGGCAAGACCAUCUCUAUGCUGGCAAACAUCGUCAAUGGCAAACAGCCGUCAAAAGCUCCUAUCAGGGCGACACUCAUCAUUGCGGCACCGGCACUGGUCACUCAGUGGUACCAGGAGAUCUCCAAACAUUGUCAAAUGGAGACGGAGAACAAGAAGUACGGUCUCGGGGUUAUCAUGCGAUACCACUCCGGCUCACGUUUGUUGCAUAACAACAUCGAGCAAGUCCUCGGGCAGGCCGAUAUUGUGCUCACCACUUACCACGAGGUCGCCAAGUCGUACCCAAAGGGUAUUCUGCCGCCACACCUCACCACCGCUGCCCAGAAAGACGCGUGGUGGAGGGAUCAUUAUGAGAAAGACAAGGGCAAUCUACACAGGGUCAAAUUCCUUCGUGUCGUAUGUGAUGAGGCCCAGGCCAUUAAGAAUCACAAGGGCCAUACCAGCAUGGCAGUCCGUGCCAUUUCUGCACGACACCACUGGGCGAUCACCGGAACCCCCGUCAUGAACUCCAUCAAGGAGUUCUAUCCAUACUUCAAGUUCCUUCGCGAGCCUCACACCGGCUCCUACCAGAUCUUCAAGGAGAACUUCUGCAGUCCUGAUGAUCCGGAUGGUCUUGAGAAGCUCAAUGUCUUCUUGCGCAAGUUCAUGAUCAGACGCACCCACGGCGACAAGCUCUUCAAGGCACGCCUAUUGGAUCUCCCGACUCCUCAGGAGCAUACCAUGUGGCUGGAAUUUAACCAGGUUGAACGUAGCAUUUACGAGAUUGUGAAGAAUCGCAUGAUCGCCCGAAUCAACGCGAUUUCCAAGACCGAAGGACUUGACAAGGGCUACAGCCAUAUCUGGACGAUGAUUCUGCGACUCCGCCAGCUUUGCGGACAUAUUCUGCUGAUUCAGGGCACAAUUACCGACAUUCUUCAGCGUGAGGACUUCGAGAAGCUGAAUAAGAUCACGGAGAACACCGAAGCAAUGAACGAGGAGCAGUCGCUGCUGUUGCUGAAUCUGCGCCAGGUCUUGGCAAACAAUGCUGGUGUCCAGACCAUCAAUGCUUCACUCGGCGACUCAGUCAUGACCUCCAGCGAGACUCCACCAAACGCAGUCAUCGAUAUCGACCCGACGCAAGAGAGCGCCAAAGGUGGUAAGCAUGGUCUAUCAUACCACUUCCGCAAGUACCUCGAUGCUCUCGUCAACGACGACAAGUGGGGCGCAGUCGUCGACCGCACCAAGUGCUCAGCAUGUCGCCAGAAGCCAGACAAGCCACAAGUCACCUCUUGCUGGCACGUCUACUGCACCUCCUGCUUAACGGACAUGCAGCACUUCGCCGCCCGCCGUGGUCACGACGGCGCACGCUGCAACGAGUGUGGAGAGCAGUACAUUUCCGUCGACGACGUGCACGAUCUGGACAACUUCGAGGCCAGGCGCAACUCCGUCACUCCAUCCGAGGCUGACCCUUCGCCGAAGAAGGGCGAGAAGGGCAAGAAGAACAAGAAGAAGCAGAGUGGCGAUCUCGAGGACUGGAUCGGCCUCAAGGGCGAGGUCUUGCCAUCUGCCAAGACUGCGGCGUGCAAGGCCCAGAUCAUGAACUGGAUCGACGAGGACCCGCAUUGCAAGAUCAUCAUCUACACUCAAUUCAUCCCACUUGUGAGAAUUCUCGCAAAGAUCUGCCAGACUGAAGGCUGGAAGUACGUCAAGUACACAGGUCAAGAGUCCCAUGACACACGCCAGAAGAACAUCGAGGAAUUUGCGGACCCGAAUAAGCAAGUGAGGAUCAUGCUCGCUUCGCUGAAGUGUGGUGGCCUCGGUUUGAACCUCACUAUGGCGAGCCGUGUCAUCUGCAUGGACCCCUGGUGGAACAAUGCUGUCGAGCAGCAAGCUUUCUGCCGCGUGUUCCGCAUUGGCCAGACUAAGGAGACGAGAAUGACUCGCUUCAUCAUCAAGAACAGCAUCGACGCCGCCAUGAUGGCUGUAAAGGUCCGCAAACAAGAAGAGAUUGACGCUGUGAUGGAAAACAGCCGCGAGCAGAAGUUGUCCGUCAACGACCUGAUGCGUCUCUUCGGCAACAAGGUCGGCCAAGACAACGAAGGCCACCCCUUCAUUUUCGCGGAUGUGGAGGAGGAUGAGGAGCUGUUGCAUCGUGAGGAUGACGAGGAGAACGAGGAUAAUGAUAUGGGAAAUGAUUUGUGA